AUGGCAAACGAAGCCAAUUACAAUGCCCAAAACCACCUCGAGCCUAGUCCGCCAAUCGAGAAGGACUUCAACAAUGGAGGCGAUGUUGACAGUGAGACGGCUCUCCAGAGAAUUCGUACAGCUGGCAGCAUUUCGAUCUCACCUGAGCUGUUCGAGAAGAUGUAUCUAUCUCCUCAGAACAAGGUCGCUGGCGAGUUGAGAAAGACCUUUGCNGCCCUGUGUGGUUUCCUUCUCAGCUUGACACCCCUGAGUUGCAUGUUGAUGGGAUGGAGAGGUGCUUCGAACACUGGCGCUUCUGACAUUGGUGCUUACUUCUUCUUUGGUGGUCUUCUAAUGAUUCUUGGUUCCAUCGGCGAGGUGAGUGUUGAUGUCGUAUCUGGUCGACUCUCCUUGCAAGUUGCUAAUGUUGUAUCANNGUGGUUGAUCGGCAACACAUUCCCCUUCGUCGUCUUCGGUUCAUUCGGUGCCUUCUGGUUGACCUUUGCUGCUACCCUUCAGCCAUUCUACAAUGCGUACGGUGCCUUCUCAGCCGACCUCGCCAACCCUGGAUUCUUCCUUGUAUUCAUGGGCAUGUUGUGCUUGAUCUACUUCAUCUGCUCACUCCGCACCAACGUUGUCUUCGCCAUGAUCUUCUUCACCUUGGUUCUCGCCUUUGGCUGCCUGACUGGCGCUUACUGGAACCUUGCUCUUGCUUACGGUGCUGCCGCAAAUUCGGCAACGCAAGCUGCCCACGCUGCAACCGCCACUAGAUGUCUUGUCGCUGCUGGAGCACUCACUUUCGUGACCGACAUGUGUGGCUGGUGGAUUUUCUUCGCCAUCAUGCUCGCUGCUCUUGACUUCCCCUUCCAGAUACCCGUUGGCGACCUCAGCACUUUCAUCAAGGGUGCCAGCGACAGANNAAAAAAGGCCAAGGAGGAGAAGGAGAGAUACUCGGCAUAA